AUGGCGCCCAAGAGGUAUUUCGAGCAGGAAGACUCUGCUGCAGAGCCGGUGGCUGCCUCCUCGUCCGAGGCACUGCCAGCUGCGGCUGCAGCAACCUCGACUGACUCUUCCAACAAGAAGAACACAAAGAGCAAGGUCAAUGCGACACUCUUUGUCUCGAGACUGCCCUACACCGCCACGACAACCGACUUGCAGACUAUGUUCAGUGAAAUUGGCCCCUUGAAACGAGCGUUUGUUGUCACCGACCAGGCCACAAAGAAGUCCAAGGGUGUCGGUUAUGUCACCUUUGCCAUCCCCGAGGAUGCCACCACCGCUCUCGAACAACUCCAAGGAAAGUCGCUGGACGGUGGCAGCAGAAAGAUUCAAAUCACGUUCGCCGAUCAAAAGGACCCAACCGGCACCAAGCGCCUCACCACCAAGGCCGACCCAGGCUCGCCUUCAGCCUUGAAGCGACCGCGCACCGAAUCAACCAAGCCACCUCGCGCUAAAGGUCCAGUCCAGGAGAAAGACGCUGAUGCGGUUCGCACCAUUAUCCUUUCCGGCCUUGCUGGUUGCACACCCGCACCUGAUUCAAAGCAGAUCUACAAGCGAGCACGAAAGAUUGGCGAUGUCGACAACGUCAUCUACCCAUGUACCUCCUCUCCCAACCCCAACGAUGUCGCACACGUCAUCUUCCGCACACCCAACCACGCCAUGACCGCCGUCGAGAAACUUCAUGCCCACGUCUUUAAGGGUGUACAGAUCAGUGCCAUCCUCAAGAAGCGCGCCGACAAUGCCUCAAAGAUCGCCGCCCAUAUGCGCCCAGAGACACUAGCAAAGAGGGAAAAGAUGCGCCAGGAUGUUGAGAAGAACAGCGGAAAGGGUUCCAUGCCCGUAUUGCUUUCGGAGAUUGACAAGUCGAGCAGGCUGAUCAUCCGCAAUCUUCCCUUUGACGUCAACGAGGCCGAUCUUCGAUCUAUCUUUUUGCCUUUCGGUCCGGUUUACGAGAUUACCAUUCCCAAGAUCAAGGCAAAGGCAAACAUUGCUGAGGCAGAUGCUCCGGCUGCCAAAGGCCAAGGGGCAGGCUCAUCUGUAGACUCUGACGGUGAUGAAAGUGAAGCAGACGACGAGAGCGAUGACGCUGCCUCGGAUGACAACGAGUCGGAUGCUGACGAUGACGCACAAGACGACGAGGAUGAGGACAAAGCCAGCGACGACGAUAGCCAAGGUGGAAGCAAACCCUACACAGAGGACGUUGCAGUCAAUCAAGAGCAAGAUGAAGAUCCACAAGCAUCCGAUGGCAAUGUCUCUCUUUCGGAAAACGCCAACGACGCUGCUGCUGCCGCUGCCACUGCCGCUCCUGCUCCUGCAGAUGUUGUCGUGAAGACCGAUGACGAUGAUGACUUUGAAGCUUCCGUCGCACCCGCUUCUACCGGUGCUGCAUCGAAGCCCACUGUAUCGAAAGCAGCUCCUGAGAAAGGUCGUGGUUUCGCAUUCGUCUGGAUGGUCUCACGCAACGACGCCGCCCGCGCCAUCGAAGCCGUCAACGGCAAGACGAUUCAGCACGGUGCAGCGGAGCGUGCCGCCUACAAAGCCGCGCUUGGCUCUCGAGGACGUCGUUUCGCAAAAGCCGCGCUCGACCGCGUCCGCGCCAACGCGCAGCCUGAACGAGCCGUCGCUGUCGACUGGGCACUCAGCAAAAAGGACUACGAAGCAAAAGCCGACGAACCUGAAAGUGAAGACGAUGCCGACAUCAAGAAUGACAAUGCAGCUAGCGAAGACAAUGACGACGGAGACGAUGACAAACUUGCUUCACGACCUCAGCUUCCCGCACCAGAGGAAGGCACCACUCUUUUCGUCCGAAACCUCCCCUACCAAGCUACUGAAGAAGAGCUUCGCAACCUCUUCCGAAGCUUUGGACCGCUGCGCUAUGCAAAGAUCACCAUGGACAAGACGACCAACCGUAGCAAAGGAACCGGAUUUGUUUGUUUCUGGCAAGCCUCGUCUGCCGACGCCGCUCUCGCCCAGGCCAAAAUUAUCGAGAGAGAGUCGGGCGUCUCCGGCUCAUCUUCGGCGGCAUCGGUGGCGAACCAAAAGAACCCGUUCGCAAUGCCGUCCGUCCUCACAGCUGAUCCAGCAGCGCCACUCACCGCGAGCUUGAACCUGCACGGACGAGUGCUCAACGUCAUUGCUGCCGUUGCGCGUGACGAAGCAUCACGAUUGGAGACCAGUGGUCGAAAGGAACGCGAGAAGGGCGACAAACGAAACACUUGGUUGUUGCGUGAAGGCGUUCCCUUUCCUAACUCUGAUUUUGCUGCAAAAUUGGCGCCUAGCGAAGUGGAGAAGCGUUUGCAAUCGUUCCAAGUGCGAAAGGCGCAGAUGGGCGCCAAUCCAUCGCUCUUUGUAAGCAAGACUCGACUGUCUAUUCGAUCACUGCCGCUCUUCGUCUCGGACCGCAUGCUUAAAAGACUCGCGAUUCAUGCUAUCAAAACAUUUUCUGCCGAAGUGCGCGCUGGCACACGCCAGGACCUCGAUGCGGAUGAAAAAGCUGAUCGCACGCUCUCGGCCUCGGCAGAGAACCGUAAACGGAAACCAGGCGAACGACCCACAUCCGUCGUCCAAUCAAAGAUUGUUCGACAACACGAUCGCAUCGAAGCACUGACCGGUUUGGGCAAAUCCAAAGGAUACGGAUUCCUCGAAAUGAAGAGCUUCAACGAUGCACUCAAGGUAAUUCGAUGGGCCAAUGCCAACAAAAGCGUUGGCAAGUUGCUCGCCGAAUGGUGGAAGGACGACCUCUCUCAGCAGGUGGAUCGUAUCGCCACUCAAAUCCACACCAAGACUCAAACGCUCGAGCAGAUGAAGGCAGGUACCGAAGCGGAUCAGCUCAAAGAAGAGAUCGCCGAACUCGCGACGAGACGACAAAGGCUAAGAGCCAAAGCGACCGAACUCAGCGAAGCGGGAGAAGCAAGCGAGGGAAAAGAACGCGGCGGAAUGCUCAUGAUCGAAUUCGCCAUCGAAAAUGUCGUCACCACUAAAAAGAGAGCUGACAAGCUCAAGGCCAUGAAGGAGUCUGGUGAACGCCGCAAAGUUAGAGAAGAGCAGGAUGCAGUUGCCAAACAGCAGGACGCCGAAGAGAAGAGGAGACAGGCUCAAGCUGCAAGGAAAAUCGAAGCGGAGAAGAAUAAACCCAAAGGGUUUGCUCAUGGCCACGUGAUUGGUAAGAAGAGGAAGGAGAGGAAGGCAAGACGUGGUUGA